AUGAGCCCUGCAAGAAGCCACGUGGAGCAAUCGAGGAACACUCUCCUUUUCGCCAGCUGUGCAAAGGAGGUGACAACGAAUGCUCGGGUUAAUGUAGUCAUGUCUGAUAAAGCCCUGGUGAAGUAUUUGCAGAGAGAGCUAGCGAGGCUAGAGAGCGAGCUUAGGAGCCCCCGGUCGAGUUUUUCACCUUCCGAUUAUUCCGCUAUACUCAGAGAGAAAGACCGUCAAAUUGAGAAGCUCGAGGAGGAAAAUAAUGACCUUAUUCUGCAAAGAGACAUUGCUCAGUCCCAAGUAAAGGAUUUACUUCGAAUAUUGGGCGAGAAUACCAAUUCAACACCGCAGGUGGGAUUUGACGACUAUCCUCACUUGCGAGUACACAAGUCACCAGAAAACGAACUCAGGGCGUCGUCCAUUUUGUCUGACCCUCACUCUUUAGACAUUGACACACGAACGUGUUCCGGUGGCCACAGCAGGUCAAGUUCAUCGGGCCAAAUCGUAAAAGUCCCAUAUUUCGAGGAUGACUUUGCAAACACCACUGCAUCUCCAAGAAUCUUAACCUCAACCUCUAGUGAGAGGUAUUCAUAUCACGGUUGGGAGGACAUUGAAAAACAAAGCAAUGGGACAUCAUCUGAGGAUCUUUGUCGUGAAGUUCGCUGCAUAGAGACUCAGGAGUCGAGCGAAAAGAGUGAUAAGAAAUUCACUUCAUUAUUAUGUCCUGAGGAAAACACGUGUUUUCCCGAAGUAGAGGAAUACGUAAAUGAAAACGGGCAAAAUUUGGAAUUCCCAUUAAGCCCCACUUUAGACAAAGAUCAUGUUUUUCAGUCAACACCUCUGGUGGACGGCGAUGAAAUAACUGUAUCCUCAAAUGGGUACGAGGAAGGGAAAGAAAAUAGCUCGACUGCUCGCUUUCCUGAUGUCCCAUCUCUAAAAAAUCCAUCUUUUUCAACUCCUGAGCAGGUUAAAGACUCAUUGCCUGUAAGUCCAAUGCUGCUGAGGUUGACUAAAAGUAGAAGCUGCAAAGCGAGUAUAACCGACUCGAGCUCCCCGUGGCUCAAAACAAUCGAAUUUAGUGAGACCUCAUCGUCUAUCGAGUCCAAAAGAGAAAAUGCGGGUUUCGAGAAGAAACUGUCUCCAUUGAGCUUUGAAUCGGAUGCGAAAAGUUUAUUGAGAAAAGAUUCUCAGUCAUCCCCAAUAAACACUCUUGACAUCGAGGUUGAUAGCCCGGAUGUGAAAUGUUCGAAUACAGAGGUGGUUUUUGGGAGCACUAAUGAUGAGAUGGAUAUGAAUGAGCUCUCAGUCGAGCAUGUUUUUGUAAAGAAUCCGUCAAAAGAGACUCUGAAAAUCGACGAGCCCCUAAAGAAGAAUGUCAAGGAUGUGGGGUUAGAUCCAAUCGAGGACGAACCAAAAGAUCUUUCAACCAGCUGGCCCACCGAGUUCAAGAGGCUCCAACAAGAAAUAAUCGAACUCUGGCACGAUUGCCAUGUGAAUUUUGGCGUGAGUGGUGUAAACUGCAAACGGAACUGA